AUGUUAACCAAAUCCUUCUUUUCGAACGCAGUUCUCGUCCUCUCCACAGCAGUAACAUUUGUUACCGCUGACUACGCCAUAAGUUCUCCAUCCUCCGGGGUUACAUGGAAUAAAGGGCAAAACGUGCAAGUUAAAUGGACUGUGACUAGCAAUACUGACAGCACUGUAGACGUGCGUCUCGUCUACGGAAAUUCAAACAAUCUACAAUUUUUGAGAAAUUUGUGCUCGGGUAUAGAUCCUAAUGCCGGUGUUUGCAAUUACGUUGUUCCUGGUGAUAUCAAGUCAGAUAUUAAUUACGCUAUAGAAGUGGGAAAAGACCCGGCACAUUACGGAUAUUCGUCUUACUUCACUAUUGUUUCUCAAGGUAGUUUAUCAGCAAAUCAAGGUUGUCCAAACAUGGGCGGCAAUAAUUGUACCUCAACUCUUCCUUGCUGCAGUAGUUCCGGUUAUUGCGGUGCAACAAUUGAUUACUGCGGAACAGGAUGUGAUCCAAGAUACAGUUUCAAUGGGAAAUGUGAAGUUCCAAAUUCUGUACCAGUAAUAAAUGUGGCGAUGCCGUAUGCACAUCCGACACUCCAUGCUGUAGCCAAUAUAACUAUUGUGGCUCAACUGACGCUCACUGUGGUACCGGCUGUCAACCAGGCAAAAGUUUCGCAGGCAAAUGUGUUGUUCCAAAUUCUGGCUCGACGACUACUACUAGUGCGACAUCCCAACCAACUAGCCAAUGCGGAAAUAGCGUCUGCACAUCCGACACUCCAUGCUGUAGCCAAUAUAAUUAUUGUGGCUCAACUGACGCUCACUGUGGUACCGGCUGUCAACCAGGCAAAAGUUUCGCUGGCAAAUGUGUUGCUUCAAAUUCUGGCUCGACGACUACUACUAGUGCGACAUCCCAACCAACUAGCCAAUGCGGAAAUAGC